AACAUCAUUGUUUUUGAUGUGGUAAUUAAUAAUAUUCGCAAGACUUGGGCGUUGAAUCUUCCAUCUCUUCAGCUUCUUCAUUCCUACACAAUCAUUAAUGCUUUCUUACCUGCAAACAAGUAAAGCAAACACUCUGUAGUCUGUGGUGCUUCAAAACUUACCUCUACUUCUCAGAGAAACAUACUGAUCAAGCCAUCAAGCUCUACUUGUACUUGUUCUAAACCUUCCCUUCUGAUUUCUUUCUUUUAAUUGUCUGUUGUUUCAAAUUACUUUUCUAUAAUUUUCCUCACCCAGGCUUUAACUAUCAAUUCUCUUAUCUUUUUUAUUAGAUCUGUUUUAUACUCAGUAUCAAUAAAUUUCUUACGAUAGAAAAAAAAAAAAAAAAAGAAUUAGCAGUAUCGUCAACUUCUCUUUUUAUUAUUGCUGGUAGUUAUCUGUUUGCUUCAAGCUAGACUAUGUUCAUUGAGGGUUGCUCUUAAAAACUUUGAUUUUUAUACUUGUUUGUUGUGUGUGUGUGUUUUUUGGUCUCCUGAGAACGCUUAGAAGUUUCAUUCUUUAUCUUUUUUUUCCCCUGUUUUCAUUAUUGAGUUAUUGAUUAGCCUUGCUUUUAUGUUCAGUAUUCUCAGUGUGAAACUAGGUUUUGUUCAUUAAGCUUUUCUCUUAAAUAGUUGUUGAAAUAUUUUGUUAUAUAAUGUUGUCCACUUCUUUUUCUUUCCUUUCCUUUCCCUCCUAAGCACCCUUUACUUGUAGCUUUGCUUGAGAAGAAAAGAAAAAAAAAAACAGAGAGAGAGUGUGUGUGUGUGUGUUCAAGUAUUUAUAGGCAAUGGCUGAAGAAAUAGCUAUCAGCACUGCUGCGGGACUUGCAUCAAAUGCUACAGAGUCGGGAUAUUUUUUGCUUAAACGGCAGAUAUCGUAUGUGUUCAAGUACCGGAGCUACAUCAACGACCUCAAAAAACAAGUUGAGGAUCUCAGAAAUAAAAGAGAAACAGUAGAAAAACCUGUAGAGUCGGCUGAAAGGCAGGGGGAAGAGAUUUAUAAAGCUGUUAAGAAAUGGCUGAGUGAUGUAGAUGAGUUCACUGAAAGGGUAGAAAAGGCCAUCACUGAGGAUGAGGAUAAAGCAAACAAGGGCGGCUGUUUCAAAUUGGGGUCAUAUCCUAAUUUGAUUCAACGUUACAAGCUUGGAAAGCAAGCAAUGAAAGCCCAAAUGGAUGGUGCCGAUAUGCUGGGGAAAGGCAAUUUUAGUAGUGUUUCCUACCGUCCUGCUCUACAGAGGACAGAAUCCAUGUAUGUUAGAGACUAUGAGACGUUUGAUUCUAGACAGCAAGCUUUUCAGGAAAUUAUGGAGGCAUUGCUGGAUGUUAAUAUUAACAUGAUUGGGGUAUAUGGGAUGGGAGGUGUGGGCAAAACCACACUGGUCAAAAAAGUAGCAUGGGAAGCAAAGAAAAACAAGUUCUUUGAUGAGGUGGUCAUCGCUGAGGCAACACAAACUCCAGACUACAAAAGAAUUCAAGAAAAAGUUGCUUCUGAGUUAGGACUGGAAUUUAGGCAGCAGGAUGAAUAUCAGAGAACCGAUCUACUACGAAACAGGAUAAGGAAGGAGAAGAAUUUACUAAUAAUUUUAGAUAAUGUUUGGACAAAACUUGACUUGGAUGCAAUUGGAAUUCCUUUCAAAGGUGUUGAGGGAGAAAACGAUGAGAAGAUCAGGCCAUGCACAAUAUUGUUAACUUCUAGAAAUCGGGAUUUAUUAAGUAAAGAUAUGAAGACUCAGAAGGACAUAUUCAUUGGUCCUCUAUCUUAUGGAGACGCAUUGAAUUUGUUUUGCAAGAUUGUGGGUGGUGUUGCAAAAAGCUCUGAUUUUCGUUCUGUGACGGUUGAGAUUGUUAGGAAAUGUGCAGGUUUGCCAGUUGCAAUUUCAACGAUUGCAAAUGCAUUGAAAAAUGAGAGUCUUCAUGCUUGGAAAGAUGUCUUGGCUCAACUGAAAAGGUCUAAUCCAACACAUAUUCUAGAUAUGGAUGAAACUUUGUAUUCUACGAUAGAGCUGAGUUACAAAUUUUUGAAAAAUGAGGAAGCUAAAUCAUUAUUUCUUCUUUGUGCUCUCUACAAUGCUGGUGAUAGUGUGUUUAUUGAUGACCUUUUAAAAUGUAGUAUGGGUUGGAGUUUGUUUGGAGAUGUUUAUACAUUGGAAGAAGGAAGGAAUAGAUUGCACAGGUUGAUAGAUCAUCUCAAAGCUUCUUGUUUAUUGUUGGAUGGCACCUAUGACAAUUCAGUUAAAAUGCAUGACAUUAUUCAUGCUGUUGCGGUAUCGAUUGCAUCAAUGGAGAAGUUGAUGUUUAAUAUUCAAAAUGUUAUCGGCUUGGAAGAAGUGUUGGGGGAGAAGAUAUCAAAAGAUUCAAUUGCUAUAUCUUUGCCCGAUAGAAAUAUUAAUUAUGAUCUUCCUGAACGGUUAGAAUAUCCAAAACUGAAGUUAUUCUUCCUAUUUGCAAUAAAUCGCUCUCCACAAAUUCCAAAUGCUUUUUUCAAAGAGGUGAAAGAACUUAGAGUAUUAAGUCUCAGCGGAUUGCAAUUCUUGCCAUUACCUUCAUCCAUUUCUUUCCUAAAAAGCCUUAAAACACUGCUCCUGAAAUUCUGCAUAUUAGAGGAUCUAAGAAUACUUGGAGAGCUAAGUAAAUUAGAAAUUCUUAGCUUGGCUGGAUCUAAUUUUAAAGAGUUUCCUGCAGAAAUCAGACAAUUGACUCGGUUGAAGUUGUUAGAUUUGAGCAAUUGUUCAAACCUUAAAUACAUUGCCACAAAUGUCAUCUCCUCCUUGUCUCAAUUACAAGAAUUAUAUAUGGGCAAUAGCUUUGUUCAAUGGGAAGUUGAAGGAGUUGAUAAUCAAGGACGAAGAAAUGCUAGUCUUGAAGAGUUGAAGCGGUUGUCUAAUCUAACAGCUUUACAUCUUCAUAUUCAGGAUGCUCGAGUUAUGCCACAAGACUUGUUCUUCAAGAAACUGAAAAGUUAUAAAAUAUUUAUUGGAGAUAAAUGGAAGUGGCCUAUUAAAUUUGACCUUUCAACUUCAAGAAUGUUGAAACUCAUGAUUGAUGAUAGUAUUCAUUUGCAGCAUGGGGUCAGAAGUUUGUUGAAGAUGACUGAAGAUCUCUCUUUAAAAGGAAUGAGUGGUGUUAGAAAUGUUAUUUAUGAACUCAAUGUGGAUGGUUUUCCACAUUUAAAGCAUCUACACAUAAAAGAUGAUCUCGAGCUUUUAUAUAUCAUUAACUCAGUUACUUGGAAACUAGUCCUUCCCAACUUGGAGUCCUUGAUUCUUGGUAAUUUGAUUAAACUGGAGAAUAUAUGUCAUGGUCAACUCAAUGUAGGGUCCUUCAGAAAUUUAAGGAUCAUAAAAAUUGAAAAAUGUGAUAGAUUGGAGUAUCUUUUUGUAUAUUUCAUAGUAAAAAACCUUGUGCAACUAGAAGAAAUUGAAGUGACUGAUUGUAAGAACCUAAAAGAGAUUUUUGGUGAAGAAAAUAAUGACCCUGGUGAUGAAAUUGAAACAAAUAAUAAGACUGAGUUCAAUCAGUUGUGUUCUCUGACACUACAACGCCUACCCAAAUUCAUAAAGAUCUGCUUUGACAUGAGGGUUGUCUUUCCAAGAUUGGAGAACUUGAAAGUAUGUUCAAUUAAUUUUGAGAAUACAUGCAUUGAUGAACCUCUAGCAAUGUUUCAUUAUAGUCAAUGCCUAAAAAGCUUGACCGUGGAGGAGUGUAAUGACUUGAAAUUUUUGUUUUCAUCCUCUAUGGUCAAAAGUCUUAAUCAACUCCAAAAGCUUUUGAUAAGCAAUUGUAAGUCAAUGGAAGUAAUAACUGACCCAGAAGGAGUACAAAAUGAAGAAAAGAUAGUUGAUAUGAGUUUUCCCAGACUAUUGUAUCUGAAGCUUGAAGUUCUUCCAAAACUCACAAGUUUUUGCGUGGGAAAUUUGAUUGAAUUCCCUUCCUUAAAAGAACUUCACAUUGAGCGUUGCUCUAAUUUGAAGACAUUCUUCUAUAAAUCUUUUUAUCCAGAAAUAGAGAGAGAACCUAAAGAAGAAGCAAACUCGGAGAACAACUUUAUUGAUAUAUACCCGCUCUUCGAUGAAAAGGUCGCUUUUCCAAGCUUGGAAAAGAUGGUGCUCUUACACUUGGAUAACUUACAACUGAUAUGGUACAACCAAAAACUCUAUAUGGAAUCCUUUUGCAAACUAAAAGUUGUGAGAGUUGAAUCCUGUGAAAAGUUAUUGACUAUUGUUCCAUGUAAUACUCAAGGACAUUUCACUUUACACAAUCUAGAAAGAUUGAUUGUUAAGAAUUGUAAGAGUAUGAAAAGUCUCUUUCCAGUUUCUACUGCUACUGGUCUUGUACAACUUAAAAAGCUACAGAUAAACUCUUGUGGGUUGGAGAAAAUUGUUUCUGAGGAAGAAGUUAAUGGGGCCCCAAUAUUUUUGUUUCCACAAUUAACAUGGAUCCACCUUGAAAAUUUACAGGAACUGAAAUGUUUCUACCCGCGGUUGCAUGCAGUAGAGUGGCCAAUGUUAAGAAGUUUGGGUGUGUAUAAAUGCAAGAACAUAAAUUUAUAUGCUUCUGAAUUUCCUAGCUUUCAAGCCAGAGACAGGGAGAGGCAGCCUGCCCUUUUUUUCUUAGAAAAGAUCAUACCAAAUUUGGAAGAGUUGGCAUUAGAGGCACAUGACUUCAAAUUGACAUUCCUCCACUCUGAAAUAGUUGAGAGCUUUGGCAAGCUUAAAAUACUUUGGCUGGCUAAUUUUGAUGAUGAAUUUGUUGCUUCUUUGUUCGAUUUCCUUCAAAAAUUAAAUUGUUUGGAGUCGCUUGGUUUUUUUGAUAAUAGUUUCAAAGAGCUCUUCCCCUAUGAACAAGGACAUAUAUGGAAACAGGAUUUUCUAGGGAACACAUUUCUUCCAAAUCUUCAAAGGCUACAAGUGCGUAGAUGUCAUCGUUUGACAAUGUUAAUGCCAUCUGCAAUGUCUUUCAAAAAUCUUGAAACUCUGGAGGUAUACAAUUGCAAUGGAUUAGCCAAGGUACUAACAAGUGAAGCAACCAAAACUCUUGUCAAUCUCACAACAAUGAGAAUAAGAGAGUGCAAGCUAUUGAUAGAGAUAAUGGCGAACGAGGGAGACAAAGAAGAAGAGAUUGUUUUUGGCCAAUUGAAAGUUUUGGAGCUUCAUUGUUUAUCAAGCCUUGCAUUCUUCUGCUCAACUAAUUAUUCCUUUAAAUUCCCCUAUUUGGGACAAGUUAUUGUGAGUCAAUGCCCAAAAUUGAAUAUCUUUUCGCAAGGAGCUUUAAGCACACCGUUGCUAGAGAAAGUACAACUGACUGAGUCAGAUGAUGAUGUAGAAUGUUUCUGGAAGGAUGAUCUCAAUUCUACCAUUCAACAAAUAUUUACAGAUAUGAUUGGUUUCCACAACAUGGAAUAUGUCAAGCUCUCUGAAUUCCCCACAUUAAAGGAGAAAAUUUUGAACGAAGGAUUGCCAGUAAGCUUAUUCUGCAAUUUAAAGUGGUUAGUAUUGGAUGAGGAUUUUGAUAAGUCAACUGCUUUUCCGUUCCAUGUAUUCAAUGAUUUAAGAAAUUUGGAGACUUUGGAGGUGAGAAAUUACCAUUCAUUAGAAGAUUUAUUUGAUAUAAAAGGAAAGACAGUAAAGAACAGUAAGGAAGAAAUUUUGGGCUUCAACAACCUGAAAUCACUGAAAGUUCACGGUUGCAGCAGCUUGAGAUAUAUAUUUACUCCUGCUAUCAUCUUGGGCCUUGAUCAACUUCAAGAGAUUGAAGUGAAGAAUUGUGCUUUGGUUGAAAUAAUUAUAAAAGACGAAGGAAAGGAGGGAGCCAUUGAUAAAAUUUUCAUCCCUUAUUUGAGUUCCAUUGUUCUUGAGCUAUUGCCUGACUUGACAAACUUCUAUUCAGGAACUAACUAUUUGGAAUGCCCUUCCUUGAAAAGUAUUACUAUAACCAACUGUCCAAAGAUGGAGACGUUUGUUUUCUCCAAUUUGAAGACGGAAUUUUUGAUCAUGAUGCAUCCUUUUCGGUGA